AUGGCAGGGAAAGUUUCCCAUAGCUGGAGCAUAAAGAGACUUCUGAAACUUAGAUCCACUGCACUCCCCAUUCUCAAUGCAGGAACUAAAACUACUAUAGAUGUUUGGGAAGCUGUUAGAGAAAAAAGAAACAAAGUUAAUUGGCACAAAAUCAUUCUCAAUGCAGGAACUAAAACUACUAGAGAUGUUUGGGAAGCUGUUAGAGAAAAAAGAAACAAAGUUAAUUGGCACAAAAUCAUUUGGUUCCCUUCUCACAUACCAAAAUUCAGUAUGAUCGCUUGGAUGGCCAUCUUGGACAGACUUCCAACUCGGGAAAGAUUGUCUCGGAUGGGCAUUGUCAAUGAUUGUAGAUGUGUGCUAUGUAAUGAGACUAAUGAAACUAGGGACCAUUUAUUUUCUGAAUGCAGCUUUGCUAAAUCACUUUGGAGCUCCAUUCUUAAUCUUUCUCAACUGCAUGUUCCACACAUGACAUGGGAAGAAAAGAUUUGCUGGGCUAGUAAAGAAUGGAAAGGUAAAUCCCUUCUUACUACAAUCUUGAAACUAGCUUGGACUUCGUUCAUCUACUUGAUAUGGGAGGAGAGAAAUAGAAGAAUCUACCAUCGUGGCUCCAGAGAAGUCGAUCAAGUUAUGUCUUCCAUCAAAGAGCUGGUCUGA